GCGACCGCGUCGUUGGACUUCUGCUCUUCAAGGGGAACAAACAAGAGCCCGGGCAUGGAGUCGCAGUUCACGCCAUCUCGAGAAGAAUUAUAUCAUGUUCAGAUGGACGUCAAGCAUGUCCAAGCUGUACAGAUCAAUCACGCAGACCGGCUUUUGAGAUUGGAGAAACGUCAGGCGGAUGAUGCUGCCCUCAAAUCCGUCUGGGGCACUGGAUCCCCAUUUCCUGGUAUAUUGAGCGGCACUCCUCAGCAAGGACCGAUUCAGAAUCCAUCCACAGACGUCUUCGAUGACUUUGAUGAUGAACAGGGACAAAAUAUACUAGGGAGUCUACAGCUAGAAGCAGAUGAAGAGCCCGUCAGACGUGGAGCAUCACGGGCCAACAGUGUUCGAUUUGACAUCAGCGCAAUACAAGGCUCAAAUUGGGCUCAGAGUUCUAGUAAUUCUGGAGAAUUCGGCCCUGUACGUCCUAGCAGUGGCUUUGGUAGCCAUCCUAUGAUGGAGCGUUCACUCUCACACAAGUCAGAUGGAAGACAUAGUUCGGCUGGUCACUCUGUGCAUUCGAUGCAUUCUGUCCCGUCUGGAAGAACGAGCAGUCUUGGACUAGAUACCAAUUUUAUUAUAGGCGACCAAGAUGAUGAUUCUCUCGAUAUCCCUGAUCCGCCGCCAGGAUUAUUCGUUCUCGGAUCAGUACCUUCGAUCAUUCGCUGUUGGCUGACGACGAAUUUCUCACAUAGUGCACUUCUCUACGCUGAUAUCUGUUCCGGCUCUCAGAGGUCGGUCCUUGACUUCAGUUUGGUGAAGGAGCUCGCGUUGCUAGAUCAGAUUCAAAAAGAUUCAACUGGUCGUCAUACGAUCAGACUCCCAAUAUAUCUGCCCGAGGCUAUUAUAACUCAUCCAUCCUCGAGAUCCAACAGCCCCGCGCCUCAACUUCCCACUCUUACAGUUGAUUUUGAGAUCGUGGGCCUUGCGCAGCGCAACAAUUCCGAUCGCAAGAAGUCUAUUCGAGUCUUCGUUGGCAGCGACACUCUUCGUUCACACAAUGCAGAUAUCUUGUUCUCGCAGAAUCUCAUGACCUUGUAUGGCGAUGAUAGAAAUAAGCUCUCGAUUCCAUUUGUUAGACCAGAAGACGAGGUAACCUUCAAGAAUCUUUGCACGGCCAAUAUACCCCCGGAGAAGAACGAAUUGAAAGCAACUGCAGCCUCGUUCACUCCAACUGAGUCGAAGCCCAAGGUUGAAGUUGCACACGAUACACUUUCUUCGGCGCUUUUAAACAAGAUCCAACCCUUAAACCCUUCUCAACAGGAUCCAUUGUCCGCCUCGACCGUCGAGCCGCGAUCCCCUUUCACUCCCAUCUCUGCAUCAGAAAGCAGUGCCCCGGACCAGGCCCCUAACGUAAAAUUCGAGAAUUCCGCUCCUCCCAGCAACCUCUCCGACUCGGAGAAAUCACAUCGAACAGAAAGUGCAGCAACAGAACCAGAACCACGAGGUUCCUCAGAUUCCAAUCGCCGAGAGUCAGCCCCUGGCAUCUGGGGAUCUUGGCGCCAAGGCUCAAUCAACGGUACCGACAACUCCAAAGACAAUGAGACAACAAGCGGCUACCAGCGCGCCACCCGCGGAGGAAGAAGCAUGAAAGUGCUCAAGCCAUCCUCAAAAUCCAUUCCCUCAGCAACCGCCCCUACCCGUUCCAUUUCUCGCACAAGAACACCCUACGAACCACCCGCAUCAGGCCAAAUUCGGCGAAAAAGCCAAGUCGAGAACGUGCCGCUGAGAUGGGAGUCCAAACGAGUUGGCUCAGAGCAUAUACCCAAGGUUCCUAGGAGUGAAAAUCCGGUGGGUGGCGCGAGUGCUUUCGCGUGGAUGAAUCCUGUAAGCAGUAAGAAGACGAGUGCGACUGCAGAAUAG